AGUACUUCUCCAGGUGUGGCCAGUGUCCAGGUCACAAAGCUAUUAUGUUUACCUUAAAUGGCCCUCCACUUGCCCUAUUACCAUAUUGGCCAUCGUUCCCUUGGCCACCUAGACCUCUGACUGCGUGGCCAUACCCGACUGCCGCCGUCCAGUGCUGCUUGCAGGACACCCGGGGAGUAACGACACCUCAGCCACCCCAGAGACCGUGGAUACAUCUUGGUGAGCCCGAGAGAACCAAACCUUCAUGUAUAUUCACAGUGAUGUGCUACAAUGUGUUAUGCGACAAGUAUGCAACGCGUCAAAUGUACGGGUACUGCCCUUCGUGGGCUUUAGAGUGGGAAUACCGGAAGAAAGGCAUCAUGGACGAGAUCAAACAUUACCUAGCAGACAUCAUCACUUUACAAGAAGUGGAAACCGACCAGUUCUUCAAUUUUUUCCUUCCUGAAUUAAAGAAUGAAGGUUAUGAUGGAAUUUUCUCACCCAAGUCCAGGGCAAAACACAUGUCAGAGAAUGAAAGAAAAUAUGUCGAUGGUUGUGCCAUCUUCUGGAGAACUAGCAAGUUUACCCUGGUCAAAGAGCGAUUAAUAGAAUUCAACCAGUUAGCAAUGGCUAAUCACGAUGGCUCCGAGGAUAUGUUAAACCGUGUCAUGACAAAGGACAACAUUGGCCUUGCUGCUCUGCUAGAAACUAAGGAAGCAGCUUGGGAAAAUUCAGAAAUACCACCAGACAAAAUGCAAGUGAAUCAGGCAGUGUUAGUAUGCACUGCCCACAUCCACUGGGACCCAGAAUUUUGUGACGUCAAACUCAUCCAAACAAUUAUGUUGAUGAGUGAAAUCCGACAAGUAGUCUCCCAGAUUGUUGAGGAUUCCCAACACAGGUCGAGGGCAGGGAGGAAGAUGGACGUAAAUUCAAUUCAACUUCUCUUGUGUGGUGACCUUAAUUCGCUCCCAGAUUCAGGUGUUGUUGAGUUCUUAACAAAAGGCAGUGUUUCUAUGGACCACGAAGACUUCAAGAGUUUUGGGUACAAGACCUGUCUGCAGAAGAUAGCAGUGACCAAGAACAAUAAUUCCUUGGUUAACACAAGUGCUAACCUCUACACCCACUCCUUUAGGCUCUCUGCUGCGUAUGAUUUCUCAAUCAUGGCGUAUACCAAUUACACGUAUGAUUUCAAGGGGAUAAUAGACUACAUCUUCCAUAGUGCUGAUACUAUGUCGUCUCUGGGAGUUUUGGGGCCCAUUGAUCCCGACUGGUUUAGAGAGAACAAGGUCAUGGGCUGUCCACACCCUCAUAUCCCAUCAGAUCACUUUUCUCUACUAGUACAGCUGGAGAUGCGACCUGUAUCUUCGAUCCUCAACCACCCAAACGGCCUCCUCCACAGGUAGCCUGUGGCAGGCAAUAUCUCCACAACCAACACCUCCUGCGAGCACAGUCCACUCAUCACUGGUCUCUGUACGAAGAUUAAUGUACCAGAUGCACGUGAAGUCCGUACCAGAAGUUGACCACAUGGAUGCCUGUGGCUCCCCAGGGAUUUUUGUCCUCUGAUGGAAGUCCAUGCCCAGAUUCAUUUUUUGUCUGUAAAUUGUUGUGAUGAUGGGAAAAUGAACAUUGGGCAUCACCUCAGGAUCUUGGUGGUAUAGGUCCCUUCUUGAUAAGCAUUGUGCUCCAAGCAGCAGUUGCCCUAUCGCCUGCCAGACCAAUGAGGCCUUGUUCAUGUGUUUUAAGGAGCACACUCUACAAGAGCAUUUUCUGUGGCACUGGGACAGAUUUUUGUUAUUUUUAUUUUUUUUAAUGAGCCUAGAUAAAUAGUCGUUUUAUGGGUGUCACGGUACAAAAAUCAUCAAGGUAUGAGGUUUUAUGCAUGAAUGGAUAUGUUAAAACAUUCUAAAGUAAGUGGGGCUGGAACUUGUACAAAAAUAGAGCUGAUAUUUAGGUCUGAUUAAAAAAAAAGAAAAAUAAAGAAAAAAACCGACUGCCCCUUAACUCGCCUUUGGCUUCCAGGCUUGUUUGUGUCGCCUGCGGGAUGAGCACACGAGCUUCAGCCACCUCGAUCUCACUGUGUGUUUUGAUGGGCCCAGCUUCCCUACCUCUUAAUCUUCCACUUAUCCCAACAACCUCCCUCAGCUUGCUCUCCCUAUCUACAACUUCUAGAAAUGACCUCUAUUUUGCCCCGUUAUCAAACUACUCCACUGCAUUUGUUGGCCUGGGACCAUCCUCAUAUUUCUCACCUACUGUAUUUCACCUCACUGCCACCACCACCACUUGCAUCACACACCACCUCCCCUCCACUUCUGUCAUCAUAUGUAGCAUAAGCCACCCACAGCCUCUCCACCACUGUACAGUUUGGCUGUUCUCAUCACCCAGACUCCCUCUGCCUUGGUUCUCAGUCAAAACAUUCGCCUUCUGCGACGGACCAAAUCCAAUGCACCCAAUAGUAAUUUCCCAUCAUAGAACAAAUGACCUACAGUUACUCAAGUUGUAAAGACAGUAAACCUUCAUGGUCUACAAAGUUUCCAUCCUUGUCUUUUUUCAGCCCACUUACACUUCAUCUGGUAGUUUUGUCUCUUCUGCAGAAAAUAUCCAACCCAUGCCUCUUGUGCCACUAUUUUCCUUCCACAGGGCUGCUCCUCAUUCCUUAAUCAUCUGAAACACGCACCGUGAACAUUGGACAUCCACCAUUCUUUACUGCUUUGCUGUUCUGUUAUAUUUCAUCUUUUAUGUGUACCUGGGGAUUAGUUGAGAGCUUCAAGAAUGUGUCAGCAGGUGUAUUACUUACAGAUUGCUGUGCAUCUAGUAGAAGGAUAUCCACUCUGAUCAUUAGUGCUUCAAAGUGUCAUUCAGUGUCAGCCAUGAGUGGCCCUUCAGUUCUUUCUUAGGCUAGGUUAGAUUUAUUUAUGAAAUAUUGAAAAUAAACACUACUGUACUCCUUUAUUUAUAUAGUGUGAAAAGCUCUAAUUAAACAUAUCUCUUGAUAGAUAUAAUAGUUUCUGUAAUUUAUCAUCUGUAAUUACGAAGGGGAGUAUGAUUGUUUUGCUUUCAGUGAAAGACAUGAAGAAUCUAUUUUAGGGCAACUUAUGGCUUUUUAUUUUUAAUAUAAUCCUUUCCAUGGUAUGUGAACGGAUCUCCAACGUUUUUAUAAUGUAGUAAUUGCAUGCUUUAGCCCACAAUUGUGACACUUACAAGCACCAAAGAUUGAGAGAUGUUCCUGUACAAUACUGGACCAGUCCAUUUGCAAAUUUAUCAUCAGUAUGUAUGCAUUUGGCUUUGCAUAGGAAAAUAUAAUGCUUUUGUUUAACUGAUUGAUUUUGAUGUAUAAUUUUUGCAAGUGUUGAUGUUAAUAUUUACCAUCAAUGAGUUCCAUCUCAACCUUAUUUCUGUGUACUUUACUGUUUGUGUGUCACUUGUUCCCUGUGGCAUUCCCUCCUUGUGAUCCACAACUCUGGUGGCAAAGUUGCCCACAGCUGAACAAAUUUAGAAGUAUUGCAGCAUAUUGGGGAACCUUUGUAAUCAGUUUCAUAAUACAAAUGCUGUAUUUGAAUGAAAAUUUCCUCAGAUUUUUACAUAAGAUGCAGCAAAUACUGUCGAUUAUAUAGAAGAGAUUGUAAAUAAGCUUAUCAAACAAAUAUGACAAACAGGGAUAUAAAUCAGUCAUAUGACUUCUUUGUCUUACCAUGAUGUUUGUUUAAAUCAUAAUACUUAGAACCAACUGUAAAUCAGGAAUAACAUUGUCUUCAGGUACACAUCGUCAGACAUUUUAGUUCACCUUAAUAUAAGUCAAAUAUCUUUAGACCCAAUUCUAGACUAUCUCUUGAUUACUUAAGGCCAGUAAUAACACCGAGGCUGUCAAGAGUAUAUACUGAAGAUUAAUUUUUAUCUUCAUUUUUGAUAUAUCGAUUGUUGAAAUUGUUAUUGUGACCGUGGUUGAACCUGAGUCGGGCUAAUGUGUACAUGAGGAAUAAAAAGAUCUGUUGGCAGUUUUCCUUAUAGUGUAGGUAGAGUGGACGAGUGACUGAUGGACUCAAGUUUCCUCAGGCUGUCGUGACAUUUACCAACUAUUAUUACUGGCUACUCUCCACAAGAGCUACAAACAAUUGAAUUCCAUAUUGGAAAUACAAGGAUUAAGGGAAGGGUAUGGGUUAGAUAUUAAACCUCUAAAUUGGGCUAAAACUUGGCUUAUAUGGUACUGGAACCUUGUGCUAUGGAUCUGAGGAUGCAUUACGGUAGGACGCUUUCCCGUCUCUCGGUGUAGUGGAGGGUGGCCAGUGUCGUAGCCGAGCAUCAUCUUUGUCCAGUGCCGGCAAGAAGUUGUAAUCACCAGGUGAUACUCGUUGAAUUUGGAUAAUUGAGAGGAUAAAGUUUGUCACUAAAGACUUUCUAGAGCUGUGGUUGCUUUUAGUAAAGGGGGAGGGAGGGGCUAUGCUUAGCUUGUUCUCAUAUUUGUGGUACUUUUCCUGUUUCCUCAAACAAAUUAUAUUUUAUAUAAAGACUGGUAUAAUUAAUCUAGACAAUGAGCUACUUGAAGGUUAUGGGUUGUUUGUAACUGUACUGAGGCUUCUUGAAGCACCUAGUCAGCAGAUCUUCGGGUAUACUCUGGUGACAGUUUGCAACUAUUCUAAAUAACACAGGCUACAAAUGACUGCCAUCAAAAUUUUGUCAACCUUUUGUUUUGAGAUUUUCUAAUGUUAGGUCUCAAGUAAAGUUUUAUAUACACAGGACCUCUUAUAGAGGCUUAUGAACAAAUGUUUGACUGCUUUAUAUUUGUAGCCUACAACCUUCUUUGUUGUUUUUGUAAGGCAUAAUGUGUAGUGAGAAUGUUUGUAACUGGUUUUGGAUUAGAUGUGUCCUGUCCUUCAUAAACACUGGAGGCUAGUCUGCUCCAGUGAGUCCGCUUGUGCCGACUUGGUACAUGACCGCCCCACCGCAGCAGUCCCACACACCCUGGCGGCCCAUGCCACAUCUCUCAUCCCUCGUAAUUUACUCAUGUCCCUUACAUUUAUUUUUUUAACUCACGGGUUCACUCACUCAUUGUUUACAUAUCAUUUUUUGUGGAUUCAGAAUGGUUUUUUACUGGCCUCUUAAUUUUUUGUUAUUAUGGAUUUCAACCUCUUGAUAUUUUACACCAAAAAAAAAAGACUUUGUACAGUAUAGUUGUGUCUAGUUUCUGAUUGUUGCUGUUACUGUAUUGAACUAUUUCUCUGGGUUAUAUAGAGGGCAGUAAAAAACCUGUGAAGUAGGUUAGGCAUUUCUUGCACAAACCUUUAUAUGUUAGCCCGAGUUAGCAUCGUGAUUCAACAUAAAUGUAGUUAUAAAGUUGUAUUCUAAUAUUUCAUUUUUCUCAUACAUAUGCAAACCCUUUAGAGAUGUCCUGAUUUAUCUUCACUAGUUAGCAAGUUCUUCAAGACCCUUCAAGCCAUUCAAAAUAUGUUGGUGUCGUUUGGGCCAAAUACCUGCAUUGUGGUGUAGGCUGCGGUAACACUCGUUGUAAAGGUUUAUUUUUCAGGUGGUGCCGUGACCAGUCCAAGCCAGCCCUCAACCCUGACCUCACUCAGUCUCUUGCAAGGCUAUCAUUUUUAACUUAGAAAUUUUUAUUUGUAGUUUGAAGUACGUAGUUCCCAUUCAUCAAACAACCCACUUAUCGUGUAUCUGCAUAAGUGAUAGUGUAGAUUAGUAGUAGUAUUAGUAUACAUAUUUUAUUUGAGUUUUAACCCAAGAAAUCUUUAGGCACUUACAAAAGUGUCCUAAACUGAGGGCAGCUAGAGCCAAGUUUGAGGGCAGGCUGGAACAGGACCAAUUUUUGUAGGUAUUGCAGCACUAGGGUAAAGUGGUCUGUCCCUUUGAGUUUGGGCUAGUGCUGGUGGCGGUCCUCAGCAGUACAAAGUGUCUCCCGUGCCCCGUGCAAUGGUCAUUAUCAUUAUUACUCUUGACGUCAGUUCACCACCCAGUCCUCACCCGACCACGCGGUAGCACACGCGUCUAGACAUUUAGUAAGGUUAGGAUUCAGUAAUAAAAUAUUGCAGAUUA